UUUGAAGAACCUGACGCGUGCCAUAGACGUGGGCUGGGCCUUUUAAACGGCGACUUGCAGCUGUAGAAGGUAAGGAAUCGAUAGAGGCCCCAGAGAUUUUAGGGUUUCAGAUUUCAGCGAAAGAGAUGAAGAGUGAGAUGCAGCGUCUCCGAACGGAUAUAAUCGUAAACAUCAUUUCAAGACUCUCUGUAAAAACUCUCUCGAGGCUCAGGUGCGUUUCUACCUUCUGGCGCGCUCUAAUCUCCGCCCCUCAUUUUCUGUCCACACACCACGAUCUGGCUGCAAGGGAACCUCUCUUCUUAUUCUCUACACUCAGUCGGGAAGACAACGACCGUUCAUUUACCAUCCACCUAUCCUCAAUAGACCAGCAGGGAAGGGUCUUAAACACCUUCAGAAACAAGAUCGCCUGUGCUGUGAACUUAUUGUACACUCGCUUCAAUUUGGUGUGCUUCGCCGGAAGGGACUGCAUCUAUGUCUGCAAUCCAAGCACUGAAGAAUUCGUAGCUCUUCCACGAGCUUCACGUCCCACUAAUCCCCGUUUUGCGGUGGGUCUUGGAUAUUCGUCCUCCUCCAAGGCAUAUAAAGUCAUCCAUUUGUUCAAGUACUACUCAGUUGACGAUGAGAUAGGUCAUUGCCGAGUAGGAUGUGAAGUCUUUACCUUAGGUGGCACAGAUUCCUCAUGGAGAAGAGUUGAGGAUUGCCCGUAUAAGGUCUCUGCCUUAUAUCCUCCGCCUUUUGUGGAAGGAUCCCUACAUUGGAUUAUUAUUGGUUACUCUGAUGAUGAAGUUGAACUGAUAAAAACAAAUAAUGUAGUUAUACUUUCCUUCAGUGUCGAUAGAGAAGAGUUUAGAGUGAUUCCGCAUCCGGAAUUCUGUUCUAGUUCCGAUUGCCGUAGGGGGCUAUUGCGUUUGGUGGAGUUGGGAGGGUGUCUGUGCAUGCUAGAACAGAUUCAACCAUCAAAACUCAACAUAUGGAUGUUGAAGGACUACAAGAAUCACAUUUGGGUUAAGGAAUAUACCAUCAACCUUGCACCCCUGGGCAGUCGUCGUAUCUUUCUUAAUCCUAGAGCCAUUCGAAGUGAUGGUGCAAUCUUGAUGGAGACGCCUCGUGAAAGCUUGGAUUACUAUGACCCAAAAAGCGGGACUUCUACGAAGGUUGAUGGAAUUAAAGUGGGGGAAUGGUUCCAAUUCAGCUAUUAUGUAGAAAGUUUCUACUCAUUGGGAAGUAGAUGAUUUUCUUGAUGUUCUGUCAUUAAAGUCAGUUUGUUUUAUUCAAACAUGAACCCUAUGUGUUUUUUGAUCCAAAUCACUGUGCUACUAAAGGCUUGUCAUGGUUCUUUAUAGGAAUUUGUUUGCAUGUGUAUGGAAAGUUUACAUUCUCCAUAAAAUAUUUAAAUUUU